UGCGAUAGCAGCUACACCCUCUAAACCUGUGACAUCAACUAUGAACACCUGGCCAUGUAUCUUUGAUUGCGGCACGUGACUGACAGAACUCAGGUCUUCUAUUUUUAAAUCUGGGCUUAUUUGCAUAAAUGUUCUCUUGCCGCGCAACCUUGGGUAGGCUUGUCCGAAGAUCGCCACCAGCUUCAUUCGGCAAUGCAGCCACUCAAUACCGAAUUCCGAAACCCCAAACAUCCGGCGCCGAACGCCUCCAGGUACACACACAUGCAUACAUACGUAUCUUAAUACUACGUCACCUCGAUGUCGCGUGACCAAUGAAUCAAGAAUCCGCGACACAUAAAGCGAAUUCCAUCACAUUCCACCUGCAGACUCAAUCUAGAAAGUCGUUGAUUGAUUGUGUGAUCGACCCGUCUGUUUGAACCGAACCUACCGUCGUCAUGGCCCCGAGACACGAAUUCCUGUUCAUAGCGUACGACUUUCCGGGUGUCGCAGAAUCCAAGUUCAAGCUUGUAGAAGCCCAUGAAAAUAUGAUCAAGGAAGAAAAGGCAAACAACUCGAGUGUGGAAUGGUUGGCCGGCGGCCCGUUCUUCAAAGAACACGGCGCCGUCCCGCCGGACAUGAUCGGUAGCUGGGGGAUCUUGUAUGCACCGACAAAACAAGAUGCUGUUGAGAGAUUGAAGAAGGAUCCUUUUACCACGGAGAAGAUUUGGGAUUGGGAAAAAGUCACGAUUGUUGAUUCUAUUAGCGGGAUGAGGUUGCCGUUGCCGAAUCCUGGGACAGAGGGGGCGGGGAGGUUUUAGAUCACGCUGUGCAUUUUCCAG